GAGAGAGGCGCAGACUAUAAACCGAGUGCUUAAUUAAUCCACCUCCACUUUCGCGGGGUUAUCUUUGUUUCAUUUAAAGUAGUCCUGCCUUACAUGUCAAGUUUAAGCCCCAUUUGUUGUUUUUUUGGAGGGUUUAUGCUCUACAUCGCAGUGUGGAUGAAGAUUAUUUUCGCACUUUUCUUCAUGGAAAGUGGAUUCAGUAAUGUUCAGUUAGCAUGGCUGUGGCUCCUUCACCGGAGCCGGUAUGGCGUUUAGCCUCAUCCGCAAACUGGACGCCCCGUCCGGAGGCAUCCUGUCCAGGAAAGCGGUGGUCAUGCUGUGUUCCCUCCUCGCCCCUCUCAUCCUCCUGCACCUCCUCACCGACCGCUGCGCCUCGCCUUCACCGGUCAGAGGCUCUCCGCGGAACAAGCGGCUCGUGAGCGAACGGCGCGCCACUGGCCACGGGGUCGCCGAAGGGGCUAUAACGGCUGUGCGCGCGGAGCCGACGGUUUGGCAGCUUCCAGAAGAGUUCCCUGCUUUUCCACCGCCGCAGGAUCUGGUCGUUUCUCCCAGGUUCGCAGGUAAAAUCAGCCCGCUCGGUGAGGGGAGCAAGAAGCUGCCCCAGGCUCUCAUCAUCGGGGUGAAGAAAGGAGGGACCCGAGCUCUGCUGGAGUUUCUACGGGUACAUCCGGACAUAAGGGCAGUGGGAGCGGAGCCGCACUUCUUCGACCGUAACUAUGACUACGGACUGGAGUGGUACAGGGAUCUGAUGCCGAAAACCCUGGAGGGCCAGAUCACCAUGGAGAAAACACCCAGCUACUUUGUGACCAGAGAGGCCCCAGCGAGGAUUUCGGCCAUGUCCAGAGACACCAAACUGAUUGUGGUAGUGAGGGACCCCGUCACCAGAGCUAUCUCUGACUACACGCAGACUCUGUCUAAGAAGCCCGAUAUUCCCUCUUUUGAGAGUCUCACCUUCAAAAACAGGACUACGGGGCUCAUAGACACCUCAUGGAGCGCCAUCCAGAUCGGCAUCUACGCCAAGCACCUGGACAACUGGCUGCAGUACUUCCCCAUGGACCAGAUCCUCUUUGUGAGCGGCGAGCGUCUGAUCAGCGACCCGGCCGGAGAGCUGGGCCGCGUGCAGGACUUCCUGGGCCUCAAGAGGAUCAUCACAGACAAACACUUUUACUUCAACCAGACCAAGGGAUUCCCGUGCCUCAAGAAGGCAGAGGGCAGCAAUAAGCCCCACUGCCUGGGAAAAACCAAAGGGAGAACCCAUCCGAACAUUGAUCCCGAGGUGGUGCAGAGGCUACGGGAUUUCUACAGGCCCUUCAACAUGAAGUUCUACCAGAUGACAGGACGUUUCUUUGGCUGGGAUCACUGAAUGUCUUUUUUUCUUUUGCUAAAUAAUGAGUGGGAAAUACAAUGGGUUCUUAGCCAAACACUUGAUGGUAUGAGAAUUUGACACUUUAGGCUUUAAGUUGGAACACACUAAUCCUAACCCCAAAUGUUAUGGCCCAAAGUCCAAAGUCAUUAAUUGAAAAUUGAAGCUAUUGGACUUUUCUAACAAAAAAAAGUCUUCUGAAAUUCAGAUAGUUACACAUUUAGUUAAACCAGAUAUAAACAUUAGACUAAACUUUGGCUCCUGUCAGACAAUUGGCAUUAGGACAAUUAUUUUAAUUAGUUAAAGUUACAUUAUUGAGAUUUUUUUUGUCAAGUUCUGAAAUGCACAUUUCUUUCUUAAUAUUUUGUGGAAUUACCCAUUAAAGUGUAAGAUUUGGAUUAAAUAUUUUGGGGGUAUUCUCUACAAGGUCCUAACAAUAGAUUAGUAACAUUUUGACCAAUGUUUUAGUUUCUUCUCACAUCAGUGGCCAAGUAAUAAAGUAAUUUCAUUAUUCUGCUGGACAUGUUGCAAAAACUAUUUUUCUGAAUGCAUUUGCAAACUAUAAUCCAAGUUUUUUUUGUAUUGCCUUUCUGUCUGCUUGACAGAAGGACACCAUUCUUUUAUGGUUAAUUCACACAUUUCUCACUACAUUCGUCCCUGGGAGACAAACCAGCCUUCUUCCUGAGCUAUGUGAUGCCUGGACAUUACCAAACUCAAAUAAAUGAUCGAAGCAUUUCCACUCAUUUGAAGGUUGUACGCAAGGAUGAACCAAACUUGUGGAGAUCCACAAGUCUCUUAAUAAUAUCAUCAUAGAUUUGUUUUUUGUUGUUUUUUUCUGCGCUGGUACAGCUUGAGGUGUUGCCUUCAAAUACAUCCCCUAGUGUUACCUCUGUUGUGAAUGCACCAAUCAGAAGCUUUCAAAGCUAUUAAAUUAGCAUUUUUGGCUUUCUAAAGUGAAAGGUUAGUUGAUGGAAGCAUCCAAAUGUGAACAAAGUUAUAAACGGUUUCGCUGAGUGUUAUUCUCCUACCAUCAGGACUUCUUCCACUCAUUAAUCAGCAUUACCAGCUUUAAGCAAUAUGCAGAAGCUGCAGAUUAGGACAACAAUAUGCAAAACUCUUUCUGCAGAAAUUCUUCUGACCUGUGCUCAUGUAUUUUAAGAACUCAUUUAAAGAUUUAAGUCACAUUGCUUCAUGGUGCCUGCAUACAUUUCCUCAGUUGGAAUCCCAGUGGAAGUGAGACAGAGAUGAUGAGUGUUAUUAUAUUAUGCAGUUUUUCUACACAGAAGUAAUAAAAUCAGUGGAGAAAUGAGUUUUAAACAUGCAUUAAAGCUUUUAACGUUUGUUUAUAGCAUAAGGAGCACGGAAAGAUAAAGAAAUGUAUUUGUAUUUUUGAAAUGUAUUUAUUCAAAAAGUGUAUACGCAUUAUGUAUGUAUUUUGAAUAACUCAGCGACUGUUUUCUGAGAUUAUUAAGCCUUUUCAUUUUGCUUUAGAGUUUUACUUUAUUUGGGGGGGGGUUUGUUUGUUUUUUCUUCAAACACCUCACUUUCAGGUUAUUCACUUCUGUAUGUUUUUGGGGGUUUUUUUGUUGAUAUACAGAGAUGAAUGUGUUGUGUGAACACUUCGCUUUGCGCUCGGUUCCAGAGCUGUGAGUUUGUUAUUUCAAGGGUCGUUUCCCCAUCUUCAGUUAAUGAAGCCACGGGCAGAGAGAGAGAGAGAGCACUCAGUGUUAUUUAAGCAACAUCAACUCCAAUGGAGGGAAAAACACCUCCGAACAGGACCUUUCAAAACUGUGACUCAGAUUUCCUCAACAUGCCUCCUGGUGAAGCGAACACACUCGACGCCACCACCAGUUGUCCUUUACUUUGAAACCAGGCUCCUGUGGAGGUCUGUUCGAAAACCACCGAGCAUGAGAACAGAGGCUCAGUUGUGUUCCUAAUUUCUAACUACUUGCGGUGUGAAACUCCUUCCGACGGGCAACGUGCCUGAAAAUGCACACGAUCGGCGUGUUUUUGGGUGUGUGUCGGAAAACAGUCAGGUAAAGGUUAAAAAAACCUAUGCACUCAGCUGUUUGGGUUGUCACGUUCAUAGGCACUCCUUCAAUAAAAUAUGUGAUAAUGAAA